AAUCAGCUGCUCAAGGAACCAUUAACCGGUUUGUCAUUGCCAUGACGUCAUUUCACUGCUCUCGUCUCCAAAACACUGCCCGUUGCCCUGCCCUAAUGCCAAAGUUAGUAAGUCAAUAAUGGACCAGUUUGGAGAGUUUGCGGAACAUGCCGAUGUAGUCAAGGAUGUGAUGUAGACCCAGUGACUCUGUAUAAGCUCAACAUCAGCCAGCGCUUUGUAUCCACGCAUUUAAGACCUUUAUCCUGCAGACGUAGCACACAGAAAAGCCCAUCUCUCAUCACAGUCUAACUCGGUCCAACAGACAGUUGCGAUGCGGGCGUUCCUCCUGGUUUUGGCUGUGGUCGUCUGGGCGGCUUCGGCUCAACUGCCACAAGGUCACACAUCCACGUACCUGACCACCAUGGAUAAUUGGAAAUUCUACAAAGUUCCCGCGACGGGACCGAUGACCAAUACCAACGUGAUAAAUACGUGUGAAGCGAGGGGGAUGAGGUAUCCAUGCCACCAUGCAUAUUCUGGCUAUUGCAUGUUCAUAUUCAACUUCGGCGGGGGCUGCAUCAGUUGGUACCAUACUGCCAAUGGCAGUAUCAGCUGUACCACCUUUGAAGCCUUGUCGAGGGUACUGUGUCCGGGUGAAAACCGCUGUCAUUUCCUUGAUAACACGUUUGUGUACAACCAUGGAGCGUCCGACGAUGAUGCCUAUUCUUACAACGUUAUACAGGGUUCGAGCUACAAGUACGCCCUGUGCGCAGUUGCUACGUGUGCGACGUUCCCACGGCCAUGUGAACACGGAACCUGUACUGACGUCGGAGUGACGAGUUACACCUGUAGCUGUGAGGACGGCUGGACUGGACAUGACUGUGAUCAAGAUAUCGACGAGUGCGCGAGCAGCCCUUGUUUCCUGGGAGGGACCUGUCUGGAUCACGUUAACGGCUACAGCUGUGUGUGUCCUAAGGAUACAACCGGAAAAAAUUGUGAAACUGUGCCUUUUGCCGGAGAAUGCUACCAGUUCCGUGCCACCGCCGCUACCCACUCUGAGGCGGCCCAGGCCUGCCAAGCUAAGAACGGACACCUGGUGUAUGUGAAGGACGAGCAACAGCAAAGUUUCCUCGCAGAGAAGAUCGCGUCUUCCACCGGCGCCACCAGCUGGCUUGCAAUCAAAACAGCACCAGCGGUGUUUCUCAGUAACGGCUCUCCUUUUUCAGGACCCCUGCAGUGGUCUACAAGUGAACCCGCCGCUCCCUGUGAUCUGUGUGUUCUCCUGGACAGCUCGGACAGCUUUCUGGCCAAGACAGCACAGUGCACGGAACAGCACAGCUACGUCUGCCAUGACGACCUGAAACCGUGUGGACAGAACGUUUGCCAGAACGGCGGAAACUGCACCUCCUGCUUCAACAACUCUGCCGUCUUCUGCGACUGUCCUGACGGGUUUGACGGAAAGACCUGUGAGAUAAACAUUGACGACUGCGCUUCCGGUCCGUGCCAAAAUGGCGGGAGUUGUCAGGACCACGUCAACUCCUACUCCUGCCUCUGCCCAGUCGGGUACCAAGGAGACCACUGCGAGACAGACAUGGACUGGUGUUCUCAAGUCCAGUGCCCUCUUGGGUUUAUCUGCCAGGACUUUACGUUCUACUUCCAAUGCGUUCACCCAUCUGUCAACGCCCACCGUGGGGUCCAAUACCACUGCAACAGCGCCUCCUGUCCGGACGGCAUGUACUGCACCCAGGAGGGUGUGGCAGCCUUCUCAUGCAAGCCUGAGUGACGUCACAACCGAAAACUUCCACGUGACAACUAGCAGCCAAUGGCCGCUAUAUGCAUGUCUU